GUAGAUAUGAAUCCCCAAUAGGUUGGAUAUAUACACUGGAGACUGGGUUCCAGACAGUAGAGAAAUCAAAACCUAAUGAUCCAUAUCUACCUUAGCCAGCAAAAUAAAAUGCAAAUCCAUAUCCUAGCUCAAAUCAUGUUUCAACAACGACUGCUGGUGAUCCAACUCUCCUGCUGGUUAACGUUAGUAUCAUUCAUUGCUGCAUUUGGAGAGACAAAGCGAGGAGAUUGCCAAUCCAAGUGCGGUGAUGUUAGUAUUCCUUACCCGUUCGGUAUAACUGCCGGAGGUGAGGAUGAUCAUGAUACUCGAGGAGCAGAAGGGUGCUCCAUUCAUGGAGUUGGGUAUGGCUAUAACGUUAACUGUAAUACUUCUUAUAACCCUCCAAGGCCCUUUAUUGGCACAAGUAAUAAUCUUGAAAUAUUGGGUAUAUCAGAAACCGAAAUUCACUUAAAAACCCUUCCAGAUAUCUUAUGUUACAAUACGUCUGGUGAUCUGGUGUUGAAUGUAUCGAGUGACUACAUGGAUUUGUUCGAUACCUCGUUUACAUUCUCAGCCAUAAAGAACAGAUUAUUCUCUCUUGGGUGUGGAGGUUUAGGGGUUACCUUUGGUUACAAGCGGCCUGAUCAGAUUAAGCCCACUUCCUCCUCGUGUAUUUCAUGGUGUGACAGUUUGGAAGACGUGAAUGAAGAAGCUUGUGACGGUGGUGGGUGCUGCCAGGUUAGCAUCGCCAAGGGAAUAAAACAAAUUGAGGCUGAUUUGAUAUGGGCAAUUAAUACUUCUGACACAGACUUAUUUUCCUUCAACCCUUGCAGUUACACUUUUGUAGCUGAUCAUGAACGGUUCACGUUCUCUGCAUCGAGUCUUAUGUCUGCACCGGACAGAGAUAUUCCUAUCGCUGUUGAUUGGGCAAUAGGGAAUAUGACAUGUGAAGAAUCACAAAAAGAUCCGACCACUUUCGCAUGCCAAAAAAACACUUACUGUAACAAUUCAGACAACAAUCCCGGGUAUCGCUGCACUUGCCUUGAAGGUUACAGGGGAAACCCUUAUCUUAGUCCUGGAUGCACAGAGGUGAAUGAAUGUGAGGAUCACAACAACAAUCCCUGUGCAGGGAUAUGCAUCAAUACGAACGGAAGCUUCAGUUGUGCAUGUCCAAAGGGCAGUCAUGGAGAUGGGACGAAAAAUGGGACACGCUGCACCAGAGAUACUGAACAAUUUCCACUGAUAACGGUUACUCUUGGUAUCGGUUUGGGGUUCUUAUUUAUAAUAAUCGCAAGUUCUUGGAUACACUUGAUCUAUAAGAAAAGAAAAUCACUCAAACAGAGAGAACAAUACUUUCGGCAAAACGGUGGUUCGCUACUAAAACGGCAAUUGAUUUUAAAUGAAGGUGGCGUAGAAACUUCAAAAAUCUUUACAGCGAAAGAGCUUAAAUCAGCAACCAGCAAUUAUGAUGAGAGUCUAGUUCUUGGUAGAGGAGGCUUUGGAACUGUUUACAAGGGAACCUUAUCUGAUGGUCGUGUAGUCGCCAUUAAGAAGUCCAAAGUGGUUGACCAUACUCAAAAUGAACAAUUUAUAAAUGAGGUUGUUAUUUUAACUCAGGUAAACCAUCGGAACGUGGUAAAGCUCUUGGGGUGUUGUCUAGAAGUCGAAGCUCCCUUGUUGGUUUAUGAAUACGUUCCUAAUGGUACUCUCUUCCAACACCUCCAUUCCGGACGUGAAGUGCCUUCUAUUUCCUGGGAAAGCCGUUUGAAAAUAGCAGUAGAAACUGCCAGUGCGCUUACUUAUUUACACUCAGCAGCUUCUAUACCGAUAAUUCAUAGAGAUGUUAAAUCCGCUAACAUACUAUUAGAUGAAAACUACAUCGCAAAAGUUGCAGACUUUGGAGCAUCAAGAUUGAUUCCUUUGGACCAAACAGAAUUAGCCACGGUAGUACAAGGGACCAGAGGAUACAUGGAUCCAGAGUACUUCAAUACAAGCCAACUGACAGAAAAGAGUGAUGUCUAUAGCUUUGGCGUGGUUCUUCUUGAACUCUUGACAGGAAAACAACCCCUUUUUGAAGAGAGGCCUGGAGAACUAAGAAAUCUUGCUGCAUACUUUCUUUCUUCAAUGGGAGAGCACAGACUGUUCCAAUUUCUUGAGGCUCGAGUCGUGAAAGAGGCGACAAAAGAACAAGUUGUUGCUGUGGCCGAUCUUGCCAAGAGAUGCCUUAACUGGAUGGGUGAUAGAAGGCCAACAAUGAAACAAGUAACAUCAGAGCUAGAGAGUUUGAGAGGGGCUGAGAAUGGUGCAUGGACUUGUCAACCAAAUCAUGAAACAAGACUAGUCUCACCGACUGAACCAAAAGACCUUUAUACGGCUCAACUUCUCCACUCCUCAUUUAGUGUUGAUUCUGGGCAAUAUAGUUUGGGUGCAGGUAUAACACAGCCUCGAUGAAUAUCCCUAGAUGAUUGUGUAAUGUUGGUUAUCGCGUAAUGUGCUGUUCUUAAGAGUUGUACUCUAUUUGGUAUUUGUUGUUUUUGGCUUUGGUUGUAAUCUCUUGCCUUACUUGUGGCAAGUCUUCUAAUAUACUAGUAUUAUUUGGUCGAUCAAAAAAAUAUUUGAUGUUGCUUCGUCCGAGAGAA